AUGGACAGCCCGGUCGUGACCGUCGACGGUCACUCGUAUGAGCGCGCGGCCAUCCAAGAGUGGAUCCGCACCAGGCGCGAGACCCGCCGCCCACUCAUCCGGAACCUUGCACUCAGGGGAGCCAUCGAAGAGUACCGCAGCGGUCGCUCGUCGCCUCGCCGAGCUUCGCCCGUUACACGGAUCGUCUCUCCGGUCGCGGUCAUUCCGCCUUUGCUGCGGACCGAGGCGCUGCCAGAGGUUGGCUACUUUGUCUACCGCGCGAACGUGGCGCUCGCAGUCUACUCGCAGCCAUCGUUUGGCCAUUCCCACCGCACGCCGAAUGGGCAUGACGUCACGGUCCCCGCUGGCGAGCUCGUCGUCGUGACCGAGCGCGUCUACGGCACAACGUCCAACCACAUUUUUUUGCUCCUGGCGGCCACCAACGAGCCUGCGCUGCGCAAUUGCUACAUCUGCGAGCAGCAAGAGCACGCGCCGUACGCUGCCGGGGUGGUGCGCGCGACGAUAACGCCAGAGCUCAAGACGUACAUUGCUACUACCGCCUCGCGGAUCUUUUGGCGCCCUGCGAGCAGCGACCGCUGCGUCUUUGGGCAAGACGACACGCUGCAAGUCAACCGUCUCGUCGCGUCCGACCUGCGCGUGCAAGACCCCGUGACGUACCACGUCUUUAUCCGCCUUGAGAACGGCCCCGUGUGGCUGCCGCUGCGUUGCUUGCAGCCACACACUGCAAACACGACCCGCACCGUCAUCAAGGUGUCGACGCCGAUGAUCUUGCGCCGCAACGCCUACACGUGGUCUAACAGCAUCGGUCUGGCGACGUUGCCCGCCAACAUUCUCGUCGCAACAAUCUGCCACGUCACCACAAGCAACGGCGGCUUGUAUGCGCGCAUCUCGUACGACGAUGCCGUCGGUUGGUGCUCUUUCAAGCAGUCGGACGUCCUUCCGCAGUGUCCGCCGCGCCUGGCCGAGCAAGCCGCCGGUCGGUCGAUUCCAGUCGCGAUCGUUCGAGGCAAUAGCUACCUCCUCGUGCUCAACGAGAUCCAAGACGACGGCUCGAUCGUGCAAAACAUCAAGUACGACCGUCUCCCGCUUGGCAUGGAGCGCCAGAUCAAGAAUUGCAUUGCGAAAGGCCGGCACGUGACGCACGCAGCCCUCGGGCCGAAUGACGAGUGGUACAUUAGCGGCACCAAGCCCGACGGGUCCGGUGCCCACUGCUGGGCCAGCAAGAACGUCUCGGAUGCCUUUAAUGAAUCGAUGUCGAUCGACUGCCGCGUCGCCUUUGGCCAUCACGGCAGCUUCGCGCUCGUAGCCGACGACGACGGCCGCGUGGCUACGUACGGCUUGAGCGUCGAAAUGAAAAACGCUUUGAACAACGCGCGCAAGGUCCACACGUUUGGCUUUGACGAAAACAACGGCUUCUUCGUCAAGCAUUCGGGCGGCGCCGACACGGACAACAUUGACUCGUCGUUUGAAAACGAUAUUCUCGUUGCAAAGCCGGAGCGCGGCUAUGGACCGCUUGUUUCAGUUUCGAAAUGGGCCGGUGACUACGUGGCCAUCCACGAGCAUUGGUGUGACACGACGGACGGUUUGUCCGAUGACAUGAGCGACGCUUUGUAUGACUUUUACGAUCGCCAUGUCAACAUCCGCAAUGACCGCCGCCGACUCAUCCAGCGUUACCAAGCAUUGCUGUAG